AGAAAAGAAGUACCAAAAUUUUUGUUUUGAUCAACUGGUUUGCGUGGAGCCAUUUUCCCACUCUGACUCUCUGACCCGUGUGCUUUUGAAACAGGUUUUGCUUUGCUUCUUUGGCACUCUGCAACCAUUGUGUACCAACAAAGUCAUUUGCUGCCAUUUUUCACAUCCAUGAUCUUUCAGUGAUUUUCUUGUCUCUAAACAAAUCCCUUUGAAGAAUACUAAGAGAAAACACUCACACUGUGUUUUAUUUUAUGGAAGCUCAAUGUUGUUUUUUGCUAGUAUAGUAUCUAUCUACCCUUCAUCCUAAUCACAAAGUCAAUGUAACCAUUUUUUGACUCUCUUGUUUCCUCCCAUGUGGAUCUGAGUCUCUUGCUUGCACCUCGAAGCUUCCCUAGGCCUUCCUGGCUCCUCCUCAACGUAAAUGCAACUCUUUUUUCUUAUCUGUUUUUCAUGAGUUUCUCAUCUGGGUUUGGGAUUGGUGCUGCUGAUUGUGAUGAACAGUUGAAAGAAAAUCAAGGGUAAGUUUUGGACAAAAAACAAGCCUGGUUUUUGUCUCAUGUAGACAAACUGAGAUCCAGGAGGACAAGACCAUAAUAUCCCCCUCAAGACUCAGUCAUGUAUAGACCAUUCAUGACAUGUGAUGAUCCAAAAGGGGUAGUUGAGUGUGGGGCUAUAAGGAAAUACAGGACCAGUUCUCAGAAAAUGAAGGACAAGACAAAAACUAGGAGGCCGGCAGAGACAUCAUUGGCUAACAAACAAGACAAAGAUGAGAAGGUUUCAAAAGGGUCCGAAGAAAGGUGUUUUGAUCCAUCAUCCUUGCAGCUCAUGGAGGUUUCUAGAGGAGCUCAAAGGUUGAACAACAUGAUUGAUUCAUGGUCCAGGGGUCUCAGGUACGAUGGAAGUUCUGAAGAUAUAGCAAAAGAUUUGCUAAAAGGUGCUCUUGACCUGCAAGAAUCUCUGCUAAUGCUUCGCAAGGUGCAAGAAGCUUCACAACACAUGGCUACCUUGAAGAGAAGACAAAAUGUGAAACCUGAAAGUAGCAGAUUUGAUGCAAUGCCGAGUGAUGGAACUGCACAUUGUGAUCACUUUGGUGAACAAAGUUAUCCAAUGGGAUUUCAAAGACGUUGGCCUUCAGCUGAUGGUUCUUCAAGUAGCUGCACUGAGGAGCUUAAGAAAGUGAUUAAGGAGAGCCUGGUUAGUCAAAAUUUGUUCACAACCACUGAAGGGUUGGAUUCAGCAUCCACAUUCCACUCCACAAACUCAAGCCAAUCUUCUGGGGCUUGGAAUGAUAAGCUUUCUGAUUCUUCUUUCUCACCAACAACUUCAAGGAGGGAAAGACGAUCCAAUCUUGUUGCCAAGCUGAUGGGUUUGGAAGAAGCUCCUUCAAGAUCAUUUUCAGCUGUUAUGCACAAACAGCUGGAGAGUCCAAAGAUUCUGAAUCAGAAGAGACAUGUAUUUGACAUAGAUAUGCCUAAGGUGAGAAAAAAUGUUGAGAAUGUUAAUGUUAAUCUCGAACGUAAGAUGACCUUGAAGGAAAUUCUAGAGACUACUCAUUUCAAUGGACUUUUGAAGAAGAGUCCUGUCAGAGAGCCUAAUGUUCAUGUUCAUCCUUCCUUCGAUGCACACUACAAACAUGUUGGUGAUUUACCUCCUAUUGUACUUAUGAAACCUCGAUGUAGUCCAUAUCAGGAAUGUGUCAACAGUUAUGAGCAUGUUGUUCCUCCAGAAAAGGUAUCCCUCAGAAAUCUAAAAGCAAAAGUUGUCCCUUCCAAAGUGUUCCAACACAAGGAAGAUUCAACCACCAACGUGGGGAGAAAAAUGGAAGAACAUGUAUCCAAAAAACUUGUCAAAGAGGAAAGAACUAAGCUUGUCAGAGAGGUUGUGGAGUUGAAGGAGAAAGAAAUCAAGCCUAUUGAAAAUGAGAAGGCUCCAGGAGUUAAGGUAAAACUGCAUAGUCAUGUCAGUCACAAAUCACAUGUAAAUGAAAGUGCUGAUAGAAAAGCUAAGGUAAAGACCAUUGCCACUAGUAGAAAGCUUUCAGAAAAGGAGGUUUCAAAAUCCAAACAUCAACAACAAAAUCUUAUACCAGUAGUUGAGGUUUCCAAACCCAAAGUUGUGGCAAAAUCCCAAGAAGAUCAAGGAGAAAUCAGCUCUACAAGUACCAAGAUUAGGAAGCCGCAAAGUGGCUCCCGAAGUGAAAAGAAUGAGACUCCCAACAGAAGGAGCACUGUUUCAAAUUCAAGUACUAUCUCAAAACCAAAGAGCCAAAAGAUUAGUUAUUCCAAGGAACAGAAAAAGAAACAGAUGAAGAAGCAAAAUCCUGCUGUUGUUCAGUCAGAAGCAGCUAAACCAGUUGAUGAACAGUUAGUCCAAGAAGAAGCAAUGAGUGUUGCUGUAUCUCAUAAAGAUGAUUGCCCUGAGAUUAGAAUAAUAACUACAAUAACAAAUGAUCUUGCGAUGGAGCAUGAAGAAAUAUAUGCAUCUUCAAGUAAGAUUAGAGAAGUUUCUGAGCAAAACGAGAGAUCUUCUAGUGAUGAUUACUUUAUGGUCAAGUCUGAACGUGAAAAUGAUGCCAUUCUUGCUGAGAAAGCUCAUGACAGCAUCAAUAUCAGUGAAACAGAUUACAAGCCUGAAAAAGAGAGUUCCGAGCUCAAAUAUUUACUUCUGACAAAUCAAUCAUUUAUUGAGCAUGCAGAGAAGUUCCUGAAUCUUGAUGUUGACUGUUCCAAGCUCCUACCAAAAAGUGAAACUAAGCAAAUAUCCAAUCUCAUACUCUAUUUGGACUGUGCAAAUGAAGUAACUGAGCGUAAAAGCUUGCAGGGAUCACAAGCAGUUAACCCUUUAUUGCUAACUUGUGCGGGGAAUCCAAGAUUGCACAUUUCUUUAGGGAGGUUGGUUGAUGAAGUGUGUAGUGGCAUUGAGCAGUUAACAUGUUACAGUGAAAAAGUGGGUUCAGAUAAUAUAUAUGAAAUGAUGGAGAGAGAUAUAAAGGGAAACAAUGGAAUAUGGAACUGGGGUUGGAGGCAUGGAUUUUCUGCAGAUGAAGCUGAGCAAGUUGUGAAUGAAGUAGAGAAUCUAGUUUUAGGUGGAUUGAUUGAAGAGAUAAUUGUAAAUUUAUGAUUACAUAUAUUUUGAGACCAUGUAUACAGCCUUUAGAUAUCAGCAUCUUCUUCAACUUGUAUAUAAAGGACUCAUUGAAUUGAUACAAGAAAGAAGAGUUGAACACCUUGGCUGCA